ACUUGACACUAUAUAUGUAAAGUUUGUAAAGUAUGACAUCCUGGCAAGCGGCGUAUCUCCUAUCUCUUGAUCGUACGUUCCUUCGAAUGAAAUGCAGACGUUUCCGAGCCUUUCGCCUCCAACUUGAAGAUUGUAUCGAUAUUUUGCCCUUGCUACAGUAAACAUUUUUACCAUGUUCCGCGCUUAAAGACCUCAGCAGUAUCAAUAACUACUAGGCAUUAAGCGGCACCCAGAGAGACUAUCUUGCCGAGUGCCGCUUCAGUUAUCGUAGCUCGGCUAUAAUUAGUAUCUUGGACCCAUUGACAUAGCCGGUGGCGGGCAGGGACAAAGUUAGGCGAGGACGGCAUUGGCUUUCCUGUGCUGGGCGCGGGAAGCCUGCCGACUCGGUAGACCACUAAAACGCACGCGUUCAAGCUUUUCUCCGGCGUCCUUACCAAUAGCCAAUAGUAAGCUUUGUGGCAGCAAUGCCAUCCACGGACCCGCCACCAAGCCUCCUUCAGUCGGACCUCCUAUCUGUUAAGCACACGUCGGACCCAGCAACGCUAUUCCCCAGCCACGCCUUUGGCCGCGGAGGAGUCGGACACUUCAUAUGCACCGGCCACUCCCGAGUAGGCCUCCACCGGCUCCCCCAGGCCUCCUCCCGCGCCGCCUCCCUCAGCCUCACCGCGCGAGGGCGGCUGGGCUCCGGUCGCAGCGUGGGCAAUGAGUCCAUGGGUGGCAGCGUGGGCAACCUGUCGGGCUUCUCCCUCAUCUCCGCUGACCCCAUGUCGGUGGGGGCCACCCGGGCCUGGGAGGCGGGCACCGUGCAGCACUCCCACAACUUUGUGGCGGCGGCACGGACCGUGAAGCCCGCGGAUGUGCCGCCGGGCAGCAAGUGGGCGGCGCUCAGCUAUUUUGAGAACAACCCGCGUGAGGUGGCUCGUCACAUGGCCCUCAUGAACUAUGUGGAAGCCAAACACGAGGCGGACAAGGCAGCCGAGCGCCAAACCGAGCAGGCGCGACACGGGCUCUGGGCGGAGCAGCAGCGGGAAACCUUCCGGCGGCAGCGGUUGGAGCAAGCGGCGCGAUACGCACGCAGCGGCAUGCGACCCCGCAGCGCCUACGCUGACCUGGGUGCGUUGGUAGCGGCGGAGGCGGCGCAUGGCGCCUCCGUCGCCUCAGCUGCAGCCACCUCCUCAGACGAUGGCAACACCAGCGGUGGCGGCCAGGGGGACGCGUCGUCGCGGGACCCCACGCGGCGGUUUUACACGACGGCAGUGGCGGCGGCGCAGGCGCGAGGGGCGUUCAUGAGCGCCCCGGGGAGCUCCUCAGCCGCGGGGUCCUUCCGGUUACGGCCGUCGACGGCGCUUCCAGGCAGCGCCGGAGGGUCCAUGUACGAUCACGACCGGCGCAGCACCGCUAGCAGCAACUUGAACUUUGGCGGUGGCGGCGGGGCGGCCAUGCCUUCGCCGCCUCCGCCGCAGCGAACGGUUAUACCAUUGCCUAAGAAGACGUACGUUCAGGUGUACGACAGAAUGGUGGCGGAGGCGAAUGAGACGCCGGCGGCGCGCGUGGCGGUGAUGGCGGCGGCGAAGGCGCGAGCGGAGGAUGAGCGCACCCAGGCGGUGGUGGCUGGAGAGCUGAUGGAGCUGGACACCUUUGAAGCGCGCAUGCGCUCCCUGCAGCGUGCGAGGAGCCGGGCGGCUCGCGCGGAGCGGCGGCACCUGAUGGGAAUGGUACCGGAUGAAGACCCCGACUACCCGGAUGAUGAUUCGGACGGGUGAUGAGGACGGGUGAUGAUUAUGAUGGGGCGGGGAGCGUGUGCGCGAGUCAGAGCGGGGCGUAGGUAGGGGCUGGGGGGGGUUAAGAUGUGGGAAUGGAGGGGGGCUCGAGUGUGUGUAGCUGUGCGCGGAAGAGGGUGGUGGAAGGGUGGAGAUGUGACAGUUUGGGUUCGGGUUGGGAGGUGUGUUUCUUACGGUGUAGCUCGUAUGCAACAAGGAAAGAGAGCGGAAGAAGGGAUGAGCGUGUUUGUGAGAGGUUACUUGAGGUGCACGGUGAUUUAUUAGCUCGAGUGUUGUGCAGUGUGUUGUGUGGGGGGGGGCUUGUGUGGACGUGACAGUGACCCGUGGGUCGUGAUCACCUCCCGUGCAACAGAGGACAACUGCAAAAGAGUGUAUGUACAAACGAAUGGCUCCUUUGGGUAGAGAUUGUCAGGGGGCACGUGGAGGAUGGUGGUGCGGUAAACGUGCUAGCGCUCCUCUCCUGAUCUGAGCAAUCUGCUUCAGGCAGUGCAUGUGUUGGGUUGUGUUUUGCUAUGUCAGCGCAGGGACACGAACGGAAGGGACGCCAGUAUACACUAAACUCCGAACAGUGCAUGUGUUGUGUUGUGUUUGUGUUUUUGUUACAUGCGCGAUUACCGCGAAAGGCAGUUCAAGCGGUACGACAGGGUUGGAGGGAAGACUUAACAGGAGGAGGCUUGACAGUAUACAGAGGCGAGCUACCGUUUAGUACGACAAACGCACGUAAACAGUUAAUAAACGGCUGGCAGUUGGGAGCCGUUCUAUCAAAACGGGAUGCCAUGCUUUUAUUAUGUUCCCGGCCCUCUUUGCUGAGGAUCAAGCAGUUGUGGCAGGAGCGGGCAGCGCGUUUUCCAUGCUGACCCAUAGGUCCGUGUUGGCAUCGUUGGGUUGGCGGCGGCGGCCGGUUGACAAACUGCGUUGUGCUAGGACAGGCUUUGCGGUAGGAGACGCGUCGGGUGCUGCUUACAAUACGACGCAAUGGGAGCACAUCCGAUGCGGAAUGCUUGUGUGAAGGGUCGGAGGCUGCUGAAAGGUUUCCAUGCGACACACAGCCGAUUGGCGGGCGCCGUAACCACUGUUGACCCGUAUGUCGAAGUCCUCGACAGCUCUUGGCAACCGCUGUAAUGG